GUUCACCCCCCUCCGCGCUCCCCCUCCUCUUCCUCUCCUCUUCCUCCUUUCCGUGGCGCGGUGCGCAAAGCUCCAGCGCCGGACUGGAUGCAGUUUUGUCAGUCCAAAAACGCUGCUGGAGAUCUCCAAAGAAAUAGGAAAAACAGGGGGAGGGAAAAAAAAGACAAGAAGCCAGACAUGGAUAUUUAAAUGCUGUCAAUUCGUCACUCAGUUUUAUUUUAUUUUUUGGGUGAUGAUUUCUCUCUUUACAUGUAGAUGUUGCUCCUGCCCCGCGAGCGGUUAAACGAGAAGCGGCUGCUUCCAAUGACUCCAAUCAGUUUUUAACCGCUACAAGAUGAGGAUUUCUUCCCGACGCUGGGUUUUGUUGAUAUUUUGGGGCUUGUGGAGACUGUCCUUGGCUGCUUUCCCCAGCAGUGUCCAGAUCGGCGGCCUGUUUAUCCGAAACACGGAUCAGGAGUAUACUGCCUUUCGUUUGGCCAUCUUUCUGCACAACACCAGCCCCAAUGCCUCGGAAGCGCCCUUCAACCUGGUGCCUCAUGUGGACAACAUCGAGACGGCCAACAGCUUCGCCGUCACCAAUGCCUUUUGCUCCCAGUACUCCCGAGGUGUCUUUGCCAUCUUCGGCCUCUACGACAAGCGCUCGGUGCACACGUUGACGUCCUUCUGCAGCGCCCUGCACAUCUCCCUCAUCACACCCAGUUUUCCCACCGAGGGCGAAAGCCAGUUCACCCUACAACUACGGCCGUCCAUCCGUGGGGCCAUCUUGUCCCUGCUGGACCAUUACGAUUGGAACAAGUUCGUCUUUCUCUACGACACCGAUCGGGGAUAUGCCAUCCUGCAGGCCAUCAUGGAGAGGGCGGGGCAGAACAACUGGCAAGUGAGCGCCAUCUGCGUAGAGAAUUUCAACGAUGCCAAUUACCGACGGCUCCUGGAAGACCUGGACCGGAGGCAGGAAAAGAAGUUUGUCAUCGACCUCGAGGCCGAGAGGCUGCAGAACAUGCUGGAACAGAUCGUCAGCGUGGGAAAACACGUCAAAGGUUACCACUACAUUAUGGCCAACCUGGGUUUCAAGGACAUCAAUCUAGAGCGCUUCAUGCAUGGCGGCGCCAAUGUGACAGGCUUCCAGCUGGUGGACUUCAGCAAUCCUUUGGUCAUCAAACUGAUGCAGCGCUGGAACAAGCUGGAUCAGAGAGAGUACCCGGGCUCUGACACGCCACCCAAGUACACUUCGGCGUUAACAUACGACGGAGUGAUGGUGAUGGCUGAGGCUUUCAGGAACCUACGCCGGCAAAAAGUGGACAUUUCCAGACGAGGGAAUGCCGGCGACUGCCUGGCCAACCCGGCCGCCCCCUGGAACCAAGGCAUCGACAUGGAGCGUAAUCUCAAACAGGUGCGGCUGCAGGGAUUAACAGGUAAUGUCCAGUUUGACCACUAUGGCCGCAGGGUCAACUACACAAUGGACGUGUUUGAGCUGAAGAAUAAUGGACCUAGACGGAUCGGGUACUGGAACGAUGCUGACAAACUGGUGCUGAUCCAAGACUCUCCGCUCCUUCCCAAUGACACGACCGGCAUGGAAAACCGCACUGUGGUGGUCACCACCAUCAUGGAGGGUCCUUACGUGAUGCUCAAGAAGAACUGGGAGAUGUACGAAGGCAACGACCAGUACGAAGGCUACUGUGUGGACCUGGCGUCCGAGAUCGCCAAACACAUCGGCAUCAAGUACAAGAUAUCCAUCGUGCCCGACGGAAAGUACGGCGCCCGGGACCCGGAGACGAAGAUCUGGAACGGCAUGGUCGGGGAGCUGGUGUACGGGAAAGCGGAAAUCGCUGUGGCCCCUUUGACAAUCACGUUGGUCCGGGAGGAGGUGAUUGACUUUUCCAAGCCCUUUAUGUCACUGGGCAUUUCCAUAAUGAUCAAAAAGCCCCAGAAAUCCAAACCGGGGGUGUUCUCCUUCCUGGACCCGUUGGCCUACGAGAUCUGGAUGUGCAUCGUGUUCGCCUACAUCGGCGUGAGCGUGGUGCUCUUCCUGGUCAGCCGCUUCAGCCCGUACGAGUGGCACACCGAGGAGCCCGAAGAGGGCACCGACGGUCCGCCAAGUGACCAGCCCCCCAAUGAGUUUGGCAUCUUCAACUCCCUCUGGUUCUCCCUGGGCGCCUUCAUGCAGCAGGGCUGUGACAUCUCGCCCAGGUCGUUAUCCGGUCGUAUUGUGGGCGGGGUGUGGUGGUUCUUCACACUUAUCAUCAUCUCGUCCUACACGGCCAACCUGGCCGCCUUCCUCACGGUGGAGAGGAUGGUUUCACCCAUCGAGAGCGCAGAGGACCUGGCUAAGCAGACGGACAUCGCCUAUGGCACUUUGGACUCCGGGUCCACCAAGGAGUUUUUCAGGCGCUCCAAGAUUGCCGUCUACGAGAAAAUGUGGGGCUACAUGAGGUCGGCCGAGCCCACCGUAUUCACCAAGACCACAGCGGAGGGCGUGGCACGCGUGCGCAAGUCCAAGGGGAAGUAUGCCUUCCUGCUGGAGUCCACCAUGAACGAGUACACGGAGCAGCGCAAGCCCUGCGACACCAUGAAAGUGGGCGGGAACCUGGACUCUAAAGGCUACGGUGUAGCCACACCCAAGGGUUCACAGUUAAGAAGCGCUGUUAACCUGGCCGUGUUAAAGCUCAAUGAGCAGGGCCUCUUGGACAAAUUGAAAAACAAGUGGUGGUACGACAAAGGAGAGUGUGGCAGCGGCGGCGGUGGCGAGAAGAACGCCGGUAAACCUUGCCGUUUUGAAACUGAGCGAAGCGGGCGUCUUAGACAAACUGAAAAACAAAUGGUGGUACGAUAAAGGGGAGUGCGGACCCAAGGACUCGGGAAGUAAGGUCAGUCCAUCAGGACCCUCCCCUUUGUUUUUGUCUGUCUUUGUGUACGCUUUCACGGGGCUUCCGCACAACGCUGUUGCGAUGUAACGACACCGAGCACUUAAGAGGGCACUCAAACUCAUUGGUUGCCAUUGACGUCGCAAUCCAUUUUGACUGUGAGGGAUGAAUGAACGGCAAUGGACAGUCAAUCUUUCCAGUUUAAAUGAAUCGGACGUCUAUCCUUGUCAAUGGCAGGCAGUGAGUUAAAUAGUUUGAAAGAAAAUUUAUUUUAGAGUUUAGGGGACACUAACCAAAUCAAUCAAUUUAAUACUGUAGUAUCAAUUUAAGGUAGGCAAAACCUUUUUGCAAGUCAGAGGAAAAAAUAUAGUGAUUAUUAUAAACUUCGGCCACACUUGAAUACCAACUGUCAAAAUUGUGGAGUUUAACUUUUAUGGGGGGGCAAAACAUGUUAAUGACCCCGAAACGCAGUGUCAGCAAUAAAAUUACCUUACUAUAUUAUAUUUCAUCUCAGUUAUUGUCGAAGCUUUGAAAACUUAUGUUUUUUUUCAAGAAAUUCUUUAAUAUUUAUUAUUUAUAUUUAUCUUCUCAGAUGUAGUUUUGGCUGAGCAAAGCAAAGGACCAUCUCUAUGUGCUAGUCACAUGAUCUGUUUGAAAAUGAAAUUGUAUGAAAUACUUUGUAGGACGCUUGUUCAUUCCAUUCAUUUUUUUUUUCUUUCUUUCUUUACAACUAAUAGACAAUAUUUUAAUGGCUAGGUCUUUAUUUUAAAGGGGAUGUUCAGAACUUUUGACGUUAGGCUUAAUCUUCGAAUUAGCAGGAGUUUAAUUAGUCGCUGACGUUGAUUUCAACAAAUUUUAUGCAGUUUAUCAGUUAUUUGUUACUUUCAGGGUUCUGGAGUGGUUAAGCGUGCGUCAAUGGUACCUGCCUAGCAUGCCCCAAAAAAAAAAAAAAAAAAAAAAAAAACAAUAUUAACUGUUCUAACAUAGUCAAAUUAAUUCAAAAUACAGAUCGUUGUUCGAAAUACCCAGGCGGCCAAAACUAUGUCACACCAAUCUACCGUAAUUUAUUUCAUUCGGCAGGGUACCAUUUUUUUUUUUUAGAUUCGUAAUGCAACCACAAUAGAGAGGAGUGUUUUGGCCACUCAUGCACAGUCUGCUGGGGAGUCCCUUUCGUUACCACAAAAAAUAAUCAGCGGUGAAAAAAAAACGAUGUGAUAUCACUAUGCCCUGCUUGCCUAGACAGCCUGUUCCCUGCAGAGCUGCUGGAUUACAAAUGUUGCUGUUCAUACUACAAUUAUUGACACACAAUGGUAAGUUUUAAUUUGCCUGGUAUACCAGACUCACCGCUGUUCCAGUGAUUGAGUCUGGCGACCGUCCGGCGGAUCAAAUUCGGAGGGCGGAGCAAGCCACAGCAAACAGACAGCGGAAUGGACCAAUCAGCGACGGGUAGACGUGACGUUGUUAAACCGACAAGUAAUUAGCAUGAGCGGAGAAUGUUUAUUCAACAUGGCUAGCUUGAGCCGCGUUGACUAUUGUCAAUGACUUGUUUCGAUGUGUUUUUGGUAAUUUAAAACCGGUUUUACCGCGGAUUGGAACAUAUUUUCGGCUCUCCUGUUCGCCAUUUGUGUUGUUGUAGACACGACUUUCGGUGCGCAAGAGUGACGUUACUUGUUAAGAAUACGUCACGCAAAUAAACGAAUCUGACUGGACGAUUGAUUUUAUACCUUGCUCGAGAGGCCGUUAAUGGGCUGGGUCCCAGACUAUUUCUCAGUGUUUGAAAAAUACAGGGAGAAUAGUCUGGCUGUGCCAGGCAAAGUUUUAAUAACUUUAUUCUGAAAACAUAGCCAACACUACUGAUUGCAUGGGUCAUCUGUGAUUCUCAUGUGUGCAUAUGCUGUUUUUUUAUUGGUAUGCUAAGCAGGCACCAUUGACUCACUGUAGCUUAGCCACUUCCUGAGCCUUGAAAGCAGGCAUGUGUCGGUAUGAUAUUCUGAUGGUAUGAUACCCUUAAAUCAAUAUAUCAGUUUCAGGGUAUUCCAACUACAGCUCUCAAGUGUGUUACUUUGAGAUAUCUAGAUUUUGAAAAAAGAAAAAAAAAUUAAUUGAGGCGGCACGGUGGCUGAGUGGUUAGCACGUCUGCCUCACAGUUCUGAGAUCAAGGGUUCAAUCCCGGGCUUCGGCCUUCCUGUGUGGAGUUUGCAUGUUCUCCCCGUGCCUGCGUGGGUUUCCUCCGGGAACUCCGGUUUCCUCCCACAUCCCAAAAACAUGCAUGGUAGGCUGAUUGAACACUCUAAAUUGUCCAUAGGUGUGAGUGUGUGCGUGAAUGGUUGUGUGUCUCCUUGUGCCCUGCGAUUGGCUGGCAACCAAUUCAGGGUGUCCCCUGCCUUCUGCCCGAAGUUAGCUGGGAUAGGCUCCAGCACCUCCGCGACCCUCGUGAGGAAUAAGCGGCAUGGAAAAUGAAUGAAUGAAUGAAUGAAAAUUAAUUGAACAGGAAUUUUAUUUUUCAAAACAUAUUAGCAAAUUGGAAUAUAAUUAUAAUGUUAAAAUAUAUAUUUACUAGUUAGGGCUGUCAAACAAUUAAAAUUUUUAAUCGAGUUAAUUAAAGCUUAAAAAUUAAUUAAUGGUAAUUAAUCGCGAUUCAAACCAUCUAUAAAAUAUGCCAUAUUUUUCUGUGAAUUAUUGUUGGAAUGGAAAGAUAAGACACAAGAUGGAUAUAUACAUUCAACAUACGGUACAUAGGGACUGUAUUUGUUUAUUAUAACAAUAAAUCAACAAGAUGGCAUUAACAUUAUUAACAUUCUGUUAAAGCGAUCCAUGGAUAGAAAGACUUGUAGUUCUUAAAAGAUAAAUGUUAGUAGAAGUUAUAGAAAUUUUAUAUUAAAACCCCUCUUAAUGUUUUCGUUUGAAUAAAAUUUGUAAAAAUUUCAAUCAAAAAAUAAACUAGUAGCCCGCCAUUGUUGAUGUCAAUAAUUACUUACACAAUGCUCAUGGAUGCUGAAGCCUAUAAAAUCAGUCGCACCCAAGCGCCAGCAGAGGGCGGCAAAACUCCAUAAAACACAAUUAACAUGUGGCCAUUUCACUGUACUGUCAUUUAAAUCUGUCUGAGCGGGGCAUGUGCGUUAAUUGCGUCAAAUAUUUUAACGUGAUUAAUUUUAAAAAAUAAUUACUGCCCGUUAACGCGAUAAUUUUGACAGCCCUAAUAGUAGUAUAUAUACUGUACACUAAAUAAAAUUGAAAUAGUCAUUUUGAUGAGCCUAAACCCACAGCCACAGCUCAACAUUAUUUCCAUCAGAACAAAAAUAAGUGAAUUAUUUUCCAUAAAAAACAAGUGUAUAUGACUUGUAUCAUGUUUACAUUAUGCACACACACUUUUUCUCAACACAGUUGCCAGAGAGAAAAAAAACACACCAUAUUUUACUACCGCUAGACACACUAAACACGCCGGAGUUAACCCUCAUAGCUGGGGGGAAACGUUCAUGACAGUGUUUACUAACCUUUAAUUUUGUAUAAAUGCCAAGUCAUAUUGGAGGUAUUGCCUCCUCGGUAGCCACAUUCCGCAAACAUGUUUUGCAUGUCUGUCAGCCUUAUUCCUCUAAGACGCGGCCGUCUGUAACUUUUCUGAAGCCGAAGUUUUCCCACACCAGCGAUUUUGUUUUUUUCGAUGGGGGGAAAAAAAGUUCAGGAGUUUCACCUCCUCAAGCCAUCUUGUAGCACAGCUGACUCACUGACACUGAGCAACAACCGGUGGGGGAGAAUUUCUCCAUGCAUUUUUGAGUAAUAGAAAAUAGCAAAUACCUUAGGGGCGGUAUGACAGAAAAUUUUUGCAGUUUUGAAACUUUGACAUUUUCAUACUACGGUAUACCUUGAAAACGGUAAUCAGAACAUGCCUACUUGAAACUAAGAAAUAACUAAUAAACUGCACGGAAUUUGUUGAAAUCAACUUAAGCGACUAAAUAAACCCCUAAUUAAGCCUUAUAUUAAAAAAAAUCCAAACUUCCCAUUUAAAUUCAUUUAUAGGAAAGUCAAUUACAUGCAAUGACAUUUUUAGGCCACCAGGGGCUCAAUGCCAGUUUGUUAUGGGUUUAAAGUGCAAGACAACACCUACUAUAAAUGAUAGUCGUUUUAUAAAAGACAGUUGCUCUAAGUAUUAAAGUAUGUGAAUUGCGAAUUUCUUAGACCUCUGAACAUGGUGAAAGUAAUGUUUAAACAAAACAAUUGGCUUACAGGUGCAGCCAUUUUGUGAUAUCACUUAUACCCCCACACAUAUACAGCAAUAGGUUCGAAAACAGGUGCAUGUGAUAAUGGGUAUAAAUGACCUAAUGAGGAAGGGCAAGACAUUUAGGAUACUCACAUUUGAUCGAUAAAAUAGUACCAGCAUUGAUAAACUAGCUGUCUCCUAUGGGGCGCCGUUUGUAAAGCAGCACAUGCUGAAAAUUACGACAAUAUCUUCUCACAUUUAGCGCCACAUUGUUGAAAACGAGGUAUGAAAUAUCUUGAGUCACUUUUUUUUGCACUUUUACAAAAUUAUUUAGCAACUUAAAUAUUCAUUUUUAAAUAAGAGGUUUUGUACCUGAAUGUUGAAAUCCUGAACUAACUAUUUAAUUUAAAUCCUUAAUUUAUAUCCUAUAUCCUAAAUCUGGAUAAAGUUGGAACUAUAUAUUUAGCUUAAUAUGCAAAUUCACAUGACUGGAGACCGGAAGUUACAAAUAGAAGCUGGAGCACACAAAAUACUCUUUAAAUAGUUUCUCCUAAAUAUGUAUUUUACCUAUAUAUUGUUAUUAUCACAAUGACUCAUGUCUAAGAGCAGACUGCCACCGUUGAGUAGGUUUUAUUCAUUUUAAAGCAACGUAAACAGACAGUCUGAGCUGCCCCACCAGCUUUUAUUUUGUUACUUACGGUCUCCAGUCAUGUGAAUUUGCGUAUUAAGCUAAAUAUUUAUUUCCGAACGUUACCUGAUUUAACAUUUAGGAUA